UUUUGCCAUUUCUAAUCACAUUCCAUAAGAUACAUCUGGUCUUUUUUGAUUAUUUGAUUCAACCUUUUGCUCUCGAGGAAUAUAUUCUCACUUGAAAUAAAUAAAUCACAGUGCCAUAUUCUAGUUUGAACAGGGAUUUUCACAGUGUAUUGAGGUCACCACCAGGUGUCACUGUUCAGCAGGAAGUUGGUGCAAAAUACAAAAGCCGGUGAAUUUAUUAACAUUGUUAGAGAUUAUUCAGCAUAAAUCUUAAUUUUGAAAUGGGAGAACCAGAAGCCAAGGUUGCCAAGAUGUCCAGUGCUUUGGAGCAGUUGAAAUCAAAAACAAUUGUAGUAGCUGACACCGGAGAUUUUGAAGCCAUGAAGAAGUACAAGCCAACUGAUGCGACCACCAAUCCAUCACUGAUCUUGGCUGCAUCUAAGAUGGAGCAAUAUCAGCCUCUUGUGGAUCAGGCAAUCGCAUAUGCUAAAGCCAAUGGAACAAGCAUUGAUGAGCAAGUUGAACUAGCAAGUGACAGGUUGUUUGUGUUGUUUGGGACGGAGAUACUUAAACUUAUACCUGGUAGAGUUUCUACUGAAGUAGAUGCAAGGUUAUCAUUUGAUGUAGGUGGUUCAAUUGCUAAAGGUCGCCAGUUCAUUAAGAUGUACGAAGAAGCAGGAAUACCAAGAGAAAGGAUUCUAAUUAAACUCAGUACCACCUGGGAGGGAAUUCAAGCUGCAAAGGUGCUUGAGGCGGAAGGCAUUCACUGCAAUAUGACACUUCUGUUUUCCUUUGCACAGGCAGUAUGCUGUGCUGAAGCAGGCGUUACUCUGAUCUCACCAUUCGUGGGACGCAUCUAUGAUUUCUUCGUCAAGGCAACAGGACAGAAAACAUUUGAACCAUUAGAUGAUCCAGGUGUUAAAAGUGUAACCAAGAUCUACAACUACUACAAGAAGUUUGACUACAAGACUGUUGUGAUGGGGGCCUCUUUCAGAAACACUGACCAAAUCAAAGCCCUGUGUGGUUGUGAUCUUCUUACCAUUUCUCCUGGUCUACUGGAGGAACUAUCCCAGUCUAACGUGACAGUGCCUAUGCAACUUUCUCAGGAAGCAGCCAAAAGUCUCGAUCUGGAGAAGAUCUCUCUGACUGAGAAGCAAUACAGAUGGAUGCUCAAUGAAGAUGAAAUGGCCGUCAACAAACUUUCAGAGGGAAUCAGGAAAUUUGCAAUCGAUGCUGUAAAACUAGAGAAUAUGAUUCGCGAAAAACUAGCUUAAGAUCUAGUAGCAUAAAUACUCAUUACCAAAUACUUACCUGUUAACCUUUGGGACUCAAAAAUUCAUGUUGGUGAGAGGUAGGGAAAAACAGUGCUAAAACCAGUGACUAUUUUCUUUUAGUUUUCUUAGGCCAGGGGAAAUAGACUAUAAGUUUGUCAUGUUUAAUGUAACUACUGUAAAA